UAGAAGCUCAGGUCUUAGACUUUGAGGCUCUGAUUUAGUCGGCUCUUUAGGCCUGCAAGUGGUCCUUCAGGCUUUUCUAUUAUUUGUUAUUGUAUCUCAAGUUCCCAACUCAACUCUUAUCAUUUUCAAUAUUAUUUCUGGGAUUGCUCUACAGCCUUACUUAUUUCACUUUAUUCAAGGGUUUUUUCUUGGCCGCCAACCGUGAAUGCAUUUUCAGUCGCAUUGGUCUAUUACAUUCCGUAUAUUUUAUUAAGAAGUUCUUAUACUAUUAACACAUUUGUCAUCAUUAUUAAAUUUCGAUCUAGAUGCUCUCUCAAAAUGUAAAAUGUAAAGAUAAAGUAGUGACGUUUAUUUUUAAAACAAUAACGUGGGAAUAUAUGUUUUGCUCAACAAUUUACCUAGAUGUUGUAUUAGGUAAAAUCGUAAAAAAAAAAAAAAAAAAAAAAUAUUAAAUUCAAGACAAAUUAAGUGGAGAUUUAUUUUAUGAGGUAAAAUAAUAAAGACAAUUAAAACAAAGAAAUAGGAGGUAGUGUGGGCAUCUCCUAUUGUUCCCCCAUGUUUGACAGAGAUCAGUUUCCAUGUGCUCUUUAUUAGUUUAUGGCUCCCACAGUCUUCUAUUAUAUGAUUCACAAAUAUCUCUUUUCUCUCUCCAGUCUAUAGUCUGUACUUUAUUGAACAGACGCAAUCACCUCCAUGAUUUUGUCUGUAGAUCAAGAGUGAAGUUCUGUACAAGCAAAGAUUUUAGGAAAAAAAAUAUAAACUCUAAAACCCAUUCCUCCAUUUAACUAACUUCUUUAGUGGGUCAUGGAAUUUUUGUGAAAAACAAUUAAAAUUAUAUUAUAAUAUAUUAUUUAGUUGAGUUUCUGUCCAUUGGCUCUCUCAACUCCUUUUCCCCUUUCUGGGGAGAUUCUUCUCUUCUCCCCAUGAAUUUAUAAGGAAACCUCUUUGGCCUUUGAGCUCUAUUUCUUGCUUUUUUAAUGCCUCAAUCUUCCCAUGUCACAUGUGGGAUUCUUUUGCUUUUCUUAAAGGAUAUGUACACCAUAAAUCUAUGAUUUUUCAUAUCUGAUUUUUGGUCUUGAGAUGUGGUUAUUUGCACAACGUAUCACAGAGCAUGUUUUGGUUGCUUCUCUGUUCCAUUGUCAGCUUAUCCAUUUAACAUAUUUGAAUGAGCUUUUCAAUGCUUUUUCCUCGUUGAGGUAUUAUUAUAUGUGAUUUUAGUACGAAAUGGGUGAUCAAAGAUUAGACAAGUUGAUUUUUUGAGGAGAUAUAGAUGUUGAAAGCUUUCUUCUUUUAGAAACAUGGAAUCCGGGAAUAGGUUUUACUCACCUGAUGAGGUCAAAUUGGAUGCUAAAUGGCUCAUUGACCCAAAACACCUUUUUGUUGGUCCAAGGAUUGGAGAGGGAGCUCAUGCCAAAGUGUACGAAGGAAAAUAUAAAAACCAGACUGUUGCCGUCAAAAUUGUUCAUAAAGGAGAAACUCCAGAGGAGAUCUCAAAGAGAGAAGCGCGAUUUGCCAGAGAAGUUGCAAUGUUAUCAAGGGUCCAGCAUAAGAAUUUAGUGAAGUUCGUUGGUGCCUGCAAGGAACCUGUAAUGGUUAUAGUCACUGAGCUUUUAUCAGGAGGAACGUUGCGAAAAUACUUGCUGAAUAUGCGGCCAAGGUGCUUAGAAACCCGUGUUGCCAUUGGUUUUGCUCUCGACAUUGCUCGUGCUAUGGAAUGCCUGCAUUCCCAUGGGAUCAUACACCGUGAUCUUAAACCAGAGAACUUGCUCUUGACUGCGGAUCACAAAACUGUCAAACUAGCAGAUUUUGGCUUGGCAAGAGAAGAGUCAUUAACAGAGAUGAUGACUGCUGAAACAGGAACAUACCGUUGGAUGGCACCUGAGUUGUACAGCACUGUAACAUUAAGGCAGGGAGAAAAGAAGCAUUACAACCAUAAAGUGGAUGCUUAUAGCUUUGCAAUUGUGUUAUGGGAGCUCUUACAUAACAAGUUGCCAUUUGAAGGCAUGUCAAAUCUCCAAGCAGCAUAUGCAGCGGCUUUUAAGAAUGUGAGGCCUAGUGCUGAAGACCUCCCAGAGGAAUUGUCAAUUAUUCUAACUUCGUGCUGGAAGGAAGACCCAAAUACUCGACCUAAUUUUAGCCAGAUAAUCCAUAUGCUCCUUAAUCAUCUUGCUGUUAUUGCGCCUCCUGAACCAGCCAUUCCUCAUCGAAUUUUCACUUCUGAGAACACAUUCUUGCCACCAGAAUCUCCGGGUACAAGCUCCUUGAUGGCAGUACAUGAUACUGGGGAAACCCCCAAAGCAAAAAUGGAAAACCAGCCAAAAGGUCUCUUCUUCUGCUUCAAACAGUGUUAUUAAUCCCUUAAUAGCAACACAAAUGACUGCAACCCUCGUCCUCCCAUAAGUUCCAAUGUGGUUGGAGGGAGAUUGGUAGACAGUAGGAUUUAGUCUCAGGAGAGAGGUGUAUGCCUUGUUAACAGCUUAAAUAGUUAAAUUAAUAAACUCACGUUUUUAUUA